GGGAAACUAGCUAUAGCGCGCACGUUCCAUUUUAUUGUCUGACUUAAUAUGAAAAGACUGAGGAUAUUUACUUUUCAUCUUGGAAAUUAAAUGUUUCCACAUACCCCCUGCAGUUUGUUUGCGUAAAAGAACAGUUUGAACUAAUACAUUUUUAUAUUUGCCGAAAUUGAAAGUUAAACUUUGUAAACCGAUGUUUCAUAAGGAUGUGUUAAAUUUUUGGGUUAGCAUUUUCAUCAGGAUGCUCAUACAUCAUUGCCGCGCACAAAAGCAGUCUCAGAGAAGUGGCCGACAUUUUGUAGUCAUUGAGUUCUUAUGACGAAGUAGCUCGCAGCUCAGCCUCGUUUCCGGAAGUGACAUAGUGGGGGUAGUAUGCUCAGCUACACAAACAUAGCAGUGCCCGGACAGAGAAUGUUUACAGUGAUUACAGUGAAGAUUUAAGCGAUGUGUCAAUAGUUUUCAAGGAGGAAGAAAUACGUGGAGAUGAAAUAGAUAACUUGCAGAACAGGGACUUAAGACAUGGAGAUGGAGAUUGGUCGCCUUCAAAACACAGAAUGAGAAUGCCAGCUCCGAUUAGAUUGCGGGAGCUGAUCCGGACUAUCCGGACAGCAAGGACCCAGGCAGAGGAGCGUGAAAUGAUCCAGAAAGAAUGUGCUGCUAUCCGUUCAUCUUUUAGAGAAGAAGACAAUACAUAUCGUUGCAGAAAUGUGGCAAAGCUCCUCUAUAUGCACAUGUUGGGCUACCCGGCGCACUUUGGGCAGCUCGAGUGCCUGAAGUUGAUUGCGUCCCAGAAGUUUACUGACAAGCGAAUAGGUUAUUUAGGAGCUAUGCUGCUGUUGGACGAGAGGCAGGACGUCCACCUAUUAAUGACAAAUUGCAUUAAAAAUGACUUGAAUCACAGCACACAGUAUGUCCAGGGACUGGCUCUGUGCACUUUGGGCUGCAUGGGCUCCUCAGAAAUGUGCCGUGACCUGGCGGGGGAGGUUGAGAAGCUACUUAAAACAUCCAACUCUUAUUUGAGGAAAAAGGCGGCGUUGUGUGCAGUUCACGUCAUCAGAAAGGUUCCAGAACUCAUGGAAAUGUUCCUUCCAGCCACAAAAAACCUGUUGAGUGAGAAAAACCAUGGUGUUCUCCAUACAUCUGUUGUCCUCCUUACUGAGAUGUGUGAGAGAAGCCCUGACAUGCUGUCUCACUUCAGAAAGCUGGUUCCACAAUUGGUGAGAAUCCUGAAGAACCUAAUCAUGUCCGGAUACUCUCCUGAGCAUGAUGUGUCGGGCAUAAGUGAUCCUUUCCUGCAGGUGCGGAUAUUGAGACUACUGCGAAUUUUAGGCAGGAGUGACGAUGACUCCAGUGAAGCAAUGAAUGACAUUCUUGCACAGGUUGCAACGAACACAGAGACGAGUAAAAAUGUAGGAAAUGCAAUCCUGUACGAGACUGUGUUGACUAUCAUGGACAUCAAGUCUGAAAGUGGACUGAGGGUUUUGGCCAUCAAUAUAUUAGGUCGAUUCCUCCUCAACAAUGACAAAAAUAUAAGAUAUGUGGCAUUGACAUCCCUACUAAAAACGGUACAGACAGACCAUAAUGCAGUGCAGAGGCAUCGAAGUACCAUUGUGGAUUGUUUAAAAGACCUUGAUGUGUCCAUCAAGAGACGUGCAAUGGAACUGAGCUUUGCCCUGGUGAAUGGCAACAACAUUAGAGGCAUGAUGAAAGAGCUGCUCUACUUCCUAGACUCGUGUGACCCAGAAUUCAAAGCCGACUGUGCAUCAGGAGUUUUUCUCGCAGCAGAAAAGUAUGCUCCUUCGAAAAGAUGGCACAUAGACACCAUAAUGAGAGUUCUGACAACAGCAGGUAGCUACGUGCGCGAUGAUUCUGUUCCCAACCUCAUUCAGCUCAUCACCAACAGUGUUGAGAUGCACGCCUACACAGUACAGAGACUUUACAAAGCCCUUCUGGAUGACAUCUCACAGCAACCUCUUGUACAAGUGGCAUCCUGGUGCAUAGGGGAGUAUGGAGACUUGCUGGUAUCUGGACAGUGUGAAGAAGAGGAACCUAUCCAGGUGACUGAAGAUGAAGUUCUGGAUGUCUUGGAAGGCCUUCUAGUAUCCAACCUGUCCACCCCCGUGACUCGGGGCUAUGCUCUUACUGCCAUCAUGAAGCUGUCAACUCGCUUCAGUGGUGUCAACCGAAUCAAGAAGGUGGUUUCAAUAUACGGCAGUAGCAUUGAUGUGGAGCUGCAACAAAGAGCUGUGGAGUACAAUGCACUUUUCAAGAAAUACGACCACAUGAGGCCUGCUCUCCUCGAGAGAAUGCCUAUUAUGGAGAAAACGGCCACUAAUGGUCCCACAGAGAUUGUGCAGACUAAUGGAGAGACAGAACCCUCUGUUGGGGAGCCCAAACAUCCACCCCCUCUCAGUCAGCCAACCAACCAGGCAAAUGAUUUAUUAGACCUCCUGGGUGGUAAUGAUGUGGUGCCUGUAAUCCAGACGAGUGUGCCCCCCAAGUCUGCAUCAGCAGGAGGAGAGCUGCUGGACCUGCUUGGUGACAUCUCACUAAGUGGUGGUCCUGCCCCUGCUCCUGCUCCCUCUGCACCUGCCUCCCAACCCCCUUUUCUCCUGGAUAGCCUCUCCUCACAGCCCCUCUUUAAUGACAUUGCAGCUGCAGGUAUUCCUCCUAUGACUGCCUACAACAAGAACGGUCUCAAAAUAGACUUUGCAUUUGAAAGGGCAAAUCCCAACCCCAACAUUGCAGUCAUCACCAUCCACGCUUCCAACGCCACAGAGGCAGACAUGACAGACUUUGUUUUUCAGGCUGCAGUACCAAAGACAUUCCAGCUGCAGCUCCUGUCCCCCAGUAGUAAUGUCGUCCAAGCACUCAACCAGGGAACUGUCACACAGGUCAUCAGAGUCCUUAAUCCACAAAAGCAACAGCUCCGGAUGAGGAUCAAGCUGACGUACACCCACAAAGGCUCACCUGUGCAAGACCUGGCUGAGGUCAAUAACUUUCCCCCACAGUCGUGGCAGUGAUGAUUUGCUUCAUUUGCUCUCGAAAGCCCCUCUAAGGGGGACUAUGAAAAUGAUUUUUCUUUCGCCUUGCCCCCGCCCUCCCCCUCCAAAGGACCCACCCAAAAGAC